AUGGAAAAGCUGAGCCGGCCGAGGAUUGUCGUCUGCGUGGACGGCACUUGGUUCAACGAGGAUGGACGCGAAGGCCAUGGCCACGGCAAUAACAGCAAUGUGUUCCGUAUCUACGCCUCGGUUAAGAUUGGGAAGACAAAAGAUGGAGACGGAAAUGAAGUUGAACAGGCAAGGCUUCCGUAUUUGAUUGCGAAGUAUUUCCCCGGAAUCGGUACCAACAAGAUGCCACUGAACAGAUUCAACGAUGGAAUGACUGGGAAAGGUUGCGAAGAGCAGAUCCAAGAGGUUUACGCAUACUGCUGUCGAGAGAUUGAAUCAAAGCACGACGAAGUGUGGUUGUUCGGUUUCAGCCGUGGAGCAUAUGUCGUUCGGGCCGUUUCCGUGCUCCUGAACAAUACCACGAUGCGCGAAGCUCUAAAUGUGAAGGAUACUUCAAUGUGGAAGGCAAUCAAAAGCUUUGGAGUAAGGCGCCGGAGGACUGGAUUUGCUGGGCAGGAGUUUCGGUGGCGCCGUGAAAACACGCGAGACCCCCCAAAGAUCAGAUUCCUUGGCCUAUUCGACACUGUUCAGAUGACCUUCGGCAAAGACACUGUCGACAUAUCCGAUCUAAGCUUCACCAAUGAGAUUCGACACGCCUUAGCCUUGAACGAAGAGCGAAAGACCUUCCCUCUGCUUCCGAUCGAUCCGAUUCAGAAUACCAAUGUCAAGCGGGACAGUCACCGCUGCAUCCAGGCAUGGUUCGUGGGUGCACAUGCAGACAUGGGUGGCGGGGCUGAUCACGACGGGCUGUCACUGUAUCCUCUCCAGUGGAUGAUGAUUGAGAGCAUGGCUGAGGGCCUAAUCCUCGACUAUGAUCCUCCUGAUUAUAUCAAGGGCCUGAUUGAUAGUCCUAUGGACCUUGCCUUCCCCAAGCCCCCGAAACUUGCUGACCUUGGAGACAAAGUCUUGGAGGCCGAUGUUCCAGAGAGUCUUAUCAAGACUGAACCAUGGACGUUUAGAUACUCCAGCGGGAUUGAGAUCACGAUGUACGAUCUCCGGCAAUCGCACAAUCACGGGAACUUGCAGCAGGUCCCAAGACGGAGACUCCAGAGACGUGUGGGGCCGAACGGCGAGCAGAAGAUUCGGUCUACGCAUGAAGUCCUUGUGAAUAAGGGAUUCAAGGGCUUCGCGCUGGGAAAUAGGCAUAUUUUCGACACUCAGAGACGCGGUUACUUGAAGGGAUACAGUGACGUUUCUACCAACGGAACGGUGAUACACCCAUCUGUCUACUUCUUAGUCGAUUGUUAUCCUACCCUGGGUAUACCCAAAGCUCUUGGCAAUUUAAUGGAUCACUUGGAAUCAUUCCGCGACAGCUUGAAGUAUCUCUCAGAAAAGGUGGAAGCGAGCUUCGAUCCCUGGCGCCGGGACUUCUUGGUGUCCACGAGUUGCAGGAUCCUGAUCUGUGGUAACACUGGGGUUGGGAAAUCUACGCUUCUCAACCGUGUCUUUGGCAUUGCAAUGACUCAGGAGAACUCCAACCAACGAGGCGAGCAUGAUAUUGAGGAGGCCUUUGAGUCGGAUCUGCACCCGGGCAUCAUUAUUCACGACUCCGAAGGUUUCCAGGCAGGCAACAGCAAAGAGGUCUCUGCAUUCAAGAAGUUUCUAAAAGCGAGGUCCGGUAAACCAGACAUCAAGCAGAACCUUCAUGCGAUAUGGCUGUGCAUCGACACGGACACAGACCGCCCAGUUCAGUCGGCGCUGGCGAAUGUAUUGCAAGAAGUUAUUGACAUUUGCCCCUUGACACCAGUUGUGGUUGUCGGUACCAAGAAGGACAAGUAUCUACUUUUCAAUCGGGGCCAAAUGAAUGAAAUGGAAUUGCUUUCGGCACGAGAAGCUAUCUUCAGACAGAAGUUUGCCGAAGAGCCAGAGACCUCUCCAUUCUGGCCAGAGCUCAAAGCUAAAGUCGCUUUCGUCUCCAAGGAUGACCAAGACUCCAUCAAGGCAUUGAUCCAAAUGACAAUGGAAAGCUUUAGCAGCCCAAUAGUAUCUGAGGCGAUGGUGGCUGCUCAGAUCCCGGAUAUCGACGCAAAAAUGAACCAGGCCAUUGAAAAGACGCUUAAGCUGCUCAGGGCAACCGUAGCUGCUGCGGGAGUUGGUCUCGGGACUGGAGUCGUCUCAGCCAUAACCACACCAACCAUCUCAAAGUUGCUCUGUCAAGAGAUUGCGCAUGGGUCUUUUGGCAUCCCAAAAGCCAGCGUCGGCGAUAUAAACGAUGUGCUUUCUGGCGUCGUCUGGAAAAAUCUAGCGCCGUUCAUGGCUAUGAGUCUGAGCCAAUCCUUGAUCAUCUGGGGUGGUGCUAUCUGCCUCACCUGUACCACAGUGGUUGGUGGUAUCCCGCUUGCCCUCGGAGCUCCACUUCUCGAAGCACCAGCAGCGGUGCGGAUGAUUCUCAAGUGCGCCUGUGAUCUGAUCCUCAUCUUGAACCAGGCUUUCAGCCAGUAUGGCAAAGGGGUUACUAAGGAGAAUAUCACAGCAGUUGCAGCCAUGUACUUGAAGAGUAAAAUUAAGACCACGAAAGAUGGCGUCGAGAUCGAAAAGUCUCGCAAGCGAGCCGUUCAUGGCGCUGUCAACGAUCUUGUCCCUUGGUUCUCUAAGAGGGCUUUCGAGGCUUACUCGAGGAAGACGUUGCCGAAGUAUCGUGAGGGUUUGAGGGACAUUCUUCGGGAAUACAGAUUUCAGCCAGGCGUAGUCACUGAGUUAGACUUGGAUGACAAAAUGACCCUUGGGAAGAACAGUAUUUCAUCUCUUUCUCUGGCGAUUUCGGAGGAUGAAAAGGAUAUGAAGUUGUUCAAGGGGGAAUUGAAGGAUUUCGAGGAUGGGAAUAACCGUUGA